CUUUGAGAGUGAGGAGUCAACAACAAUUAUUGAAGCCAGCUCUAGAGCUGGACAGCAAUAAUUGUACUCACUAGCUCUCUUAUUACUCCAAAAGCCAAAGGCAGCAGGUUUUUUGGUUUUUUGUACGCACCACAGCCACAGCAAACACAACUCCACUAUGCAUACAUUUACAUGUAUCUAAGCUCGCCAUCUCCAAUCUCCAGUUAAAAAGCUUUUUGGAAUCGAAUCGAAUCGGCUUCCUGGUCCAGUUCUGCAGAAGGUGUCAAUUAUCUGCCAGUAUCUAUCAGCCUUUUUAGGAAUCCGCCCCCCGCCCCCUCAUUGUAGCCUCCAACACUCUGGAAAAACCUCAGCAGCAGCAAUUGAAGCAUGGCUGAUGGCAAAGAUGCCGCCGCGGACGCGGACAUCCAAACGAUUGUGCAACCACGGGUAGAGAGCAAGACCCCUAAGGACAAUUUGGAUCCACUCGAGGUGGUGCAAGCAACAGCUAGCGAUCCAGCGCCACGCAGAGAACCACAAGCAUCGUUGUCCCACUCUGAGAAAAUGGAAGAGAAGGAGGUUGAACGCCACAGCACUGAUAAGCCACAGCGUAGUGCUGUCCAGAGCCACAGUCAGCAAGGGUCGUUGUCCCCCCACGAAAAAACAGAAGAGCGACGGACAGAAUGCCAGAGCACUGAUUUGAGACGGCAUAAUGCUGUUCAGAUCAACAGUAUCCCUGGAGCCUACUUCAUCCAAGGUUUGGUUGGGCGCACAAAUUCCAUCAGUGAUGGUUUCGAUUACGAAUCAUCGGAUGAGGGGAUGAGAGCCGAUAUUGAACUAACCCGGUGCAGCAACAAUCAGGGCGAGCCUGUCGCUGUUCCAAUCGAGGACGAUUGCGUCCCUUCACAGUUUGCCACUCCCAUUACGUCUUCCACGAGCAGAACAAAGAACAAGUUCUGCGUGUACUAUUCCCUUGUGCUCUACGUUUUCUUGGUUAUUGGAGUUUUUGUGAUUGGGUCGCUCUGUGCAAGCGGCCUCGGCACCUUUGGGGACACCUCUGAAGUAGAAAUGGGUACUCCCGACAGCUCUGAGCAAAUCCAAACAUUAAGAACACUUCUAGAAAGAGACCUGGGUGAUGGCUACUUUGAGCAGUCAGAAUCGACUUCUGCUUCUUCUCCACAAAACAGGGCACUUCAUUGGAUCUUGAAUGAUCAUCCACUUGAAAUGGAUUCCAGUGGCAAUAUUAUGGAUGGUAGUCUCCUACAGAGAUUCAUUGUUGCCCUCUUCUACUUUGCAACAACGGAAGAAGAGCCAUGGCUUGUCUGCAAUCCUCCACAAGGGGGCGAGUCGGACAGCUGCCAAUAUGACUCAUAUCCAGAGUCUACAGGCAUUAAACCUCAUCUCACAACUAGAUGGCUCACAAAGAAUUCAGAGUGUCUGUGGGCGGGCUUGCUCUGUAAGAACGGGGAACUGGUUGAGAUUCGGCUGAAAGCGAAUAGGCUAAAUGGGAAAAUCCCCACUGAAUUGGUUAUGCUGACAAGCUUAGAACAAAUUGAUUUCUUAAAGAACAAGUUGCAUGGUUCCAUCCCAGUUGGGCUCUAUCAGUUGCAGAAUUUGGAAAGGCUGGCCCUUGAGAAUAACAUGCUUACAGGCACCCUCCAUUUGUCCUUCUUCAAGUCAAAUAUUCAACGCCUGUCACUGCAAUACAAUCCCAUCUCUGGAACUAUUCCAACUGAAGUUGGGUACUUCCAAGGCAGGAACCUUUGGAUAAAAAGAACUCAAAUAUCUGGGUCAAUUCCCUCUGAAUUGUUCAGCCUCACAAAGCUGAGGCAAUUGACUCUUGAUGGGACUAAGGUUUUUGGGUCUCUACCUACUGAGAUUGGCAAUAUGUCAAACCUCAUUGUCUUGUCUUGGAAAGAUGGUCUAGCCUCUGGCACCAUACCUUCUGAACUUGGUCGUUUGGAGAAUCUGGUGGAGCUGGGGCUGUCAAAUAACCCAGGACUAAGAGGAACCAUACCAGAGGAGGCGUUCACCGGUCUUCGUAACUUGAGCUUUGUGGUACUGAACAGUUGCAACUUUUCAGGAACACUGAGUACCAAUUUUGGUGACUUGCACAGGCUGAACUAUUUGGACAUUGCCAACAAUGCCUUCACGGGAAGCAUACCGGUGGAGAUGUCCACCUUGUCUAAUCUGCAACAUAUCUGUGUGAAUGGGAACCAAUUGACAGGAGAUUUUCCUGGAAGUGUAUGCCAAUCGAUGGUCAGCAAAAGCAGAGAGGUAGUGGCUGAUUGCGCACUAGACAAAGCAACGAAUGUUGUUGCAAUGCCAUGUGAAUGUUGCACGCAGUGUUGUGAGCCAUCAAGCGGACAUUGUAGUCCUCAAUCCGGAAAUGUCUUGCGUUCUCUGCGCAGAAUCAAGUCGACAAUGCCCACCUGAAUCAAUAGAGGAGCCUUUGAGUGUUGUCAAAAUCAACAGCUCACGAAUUGCUGCAGGUAUUGUUGCCAUGCCACGACGAGCCCAACCAAGGUGGCCGUGGCAACCAAACUAGUCUACACGCACGUACCGGUAGGACUCCGUGCCGGCCUACAAGGAACGUUGGUUGCUCAGUGAUCGGCAUCCUUUGCUUUGUGAACAGGUAGUCGAAUUUGCUGCUAGCUAGGGCCUCUUUAGCAAAUUUUCUCCCCCAUAAGCACGGCCAUUGGCGCGUUUGACUAGCUGGCCUACUAGUAGCUGGCUGGCACAUGGAAUGGAGGACGUGAAACCUGUCUAUAGCGGAAGCGUUCUUUGCCCUGACUGGCCAGCGGCCAGCAGGUGCAGCACUGACUUUCUUGUUCUUGCUAAAAACCUACUUGUAGUACCUACUAGCCUACUAGUACCCCAUUGCCACAGCUAUUGCCACCUUCUGCCUUCUGGCUAUUACUACUAGUGUACGAAAACCCUACAGUACAAGUACGAAGUCGAUGACGAAGACGAUGUCAUGUGCGUGGUACUGAUGAACUGCUCAAUGGCUCAAUGUGUCAUCUUGUCAGCUAUGUGUCCAAAAAGAUUCAC